AUGUUCAACUCACGAAAUCGCAGCGAUAUCGCUCCAGCAGUUGCUACCUUCAUAUCGCGUAAUUUAAAUAGCAGAACGUUGACAAGACGUCGUGAGGUUUUCCGAAACACAGGCGCCGACAAAGAACGAGGGAUUCGCUUUGACGUUGGCAUUGUUGUUGACCCGGUAUCAUCAGCACCCGCGGAGAGUGUUUCAGGAUUAACAAUGCAUGAAAUGGGCGGAGCGGCCGGGAGCCCUCUGCGCCUUAGAUGUGCGCAAAUCCAGCUGUGGACAUUGUUGGGACCAGUGCCACGCCCAUUUUAUGAACAAUUUUGCAAGAGUUCUCUUUGA